CAUUUGGCCACCCGACGCCGCUCCCGAAGUUUGCCACCCAGCUACUUUCCUCCUCCUCCUUCUACUUCCAACCGCUGCUGGGCUCAUCCUAGGUUAUGUGUGACCACCCUUGUCUCAACAGGCUCUCGAUAAGCCCAGUAGCUCGUGAUGAUCUCCGUAAACUCAAACGGGCACUUCAAGGUCUCGAGGGCUACUUUGAGGGCCGCCCCGAAUCGUUUCUCGCCGAAGCGCGGAACCUCUUGCGCCGGGGGCGCGCUCUGCGACUGCUGCGCGAGGAGUUCCAGCUAUCUGACUUCUCCUCGUUGAACUUGGGUCUACAAGGCCAGUACGCACAUGCAAUCGUGGACAUGCUUCACUGCUACGCGAUGUGGUCCAACCUGUCGGGGAAUCCCAAGUACGCUGCGCUCGCACAACACACACCUGCGCCGUUCUCCGUCAUGUUUCGCUGGAUCGAGCUAGUUCAUCCUCGUAACAAUUACCUGCACAAGGGGUGUCUCGACCGAAGCUGCAUCUGCGAGCCUCUCGCACUCACGUUCGGCCAGUACAUCGGAACUUUCCGACCCGAGCACAUCAAGCAUCUGUACGACAGUCCUCGAGACCUCCGCCUCAUCCUGGACCUGUGGCUCAACGCGACUAGGUACUUCCCAGUCACCGCGAACCGUGCCGCAGAGAUGAUGUGCAACUUCGCGGCCGUGGCGUCGUGCAUGUACCACGAGAUGCGCCGGCUCGAAGGCGGCGAGGAGGUCUUCGUGGAACAAGUUCUCCGUCUCAAAGGACGCAGUAGGCGCCGAGCUCUGCGAGCUCUCUGCGAGAACAUGGUCUUCCUCCUGCGUCUUAAACCCUCUGAGCCUAUGUACAAGGCUUGGGCAGCCCACUUCGAGCAGGCACAGCUUCUCCUAUCCUCGCCGUCAAUCUACGGGGUAGCGGCACCGAAAGUCUUCGUCGACAUGUCAGUGUGUGCUGCGAUGUACGUAAUGCAGUUUCCUGGCGAACUGAUUAUGCAGAUCGCUGCUCGCGAUGCUUUACGCAUGCUCUGUUCGCUUUGCUCGCUAUCACCCCAUACCUGCAAUAUGACCCGCGCAAUCAAGGCAGGCGUCUUCGAGCUGCUGAUAGGCUAUGCGCGCAAAGGACUCUCCUCACGCGACGCGACGCCCGCCCACGACAUGGUAUUCGCGGAUAUGCUCGCAGUCAUGCUGACGCGUGCGACGGUUCUGAAGACCUUCCAUGCGCGCCACAGCGAUCUACUGACGCCCGAGUCUCCCGACGUGUUCAUUGAAGAAAGAUUUGCGCGCGUUCUCGGGGCAUACAGGACGCUCUGGCCUCUGUACCUCGCCUCUCGACGAGAGACGCUGUGGAGGCUGAGCAUUCCGUGCUCGAAUCCCUUGCUACCGCCUCACAGCUCGAGCACCCUUCGCCUAUGCCGCUGCGGCGCCCGAGCGUAUUGCUCCAAGGACUGCCAGCGUGCGGAUUGGCAGCGCUGCGAUCAUCGCUCGACAUGCGACUACGCCUCGCGCGAGGGCAAGCCAUCUGUCGAGCGUGUGCGACUAGCACAGCUCUCCGCCUCCACGAACGUGUUCUUCUUCUGCCUACUCGCGCAGAGCGUCAUCCAGCGGAACCACGUCAGCAUCGCGAUGAUGCUGCACGCUAGCUGGCGGAAUUGGAUGCAGUCAGUCUCCUAUUCGACAACACUUACGCUGACUCCCUGCAUGAUGCCGCUUCCGGCCGUCACUGUGGACUUGACGGACGUCCCGCCGGCGCAUCGCGCGGCCGAUGACUUCCCCUUCCACUGUGAAGUCAAGGUCGUGGAUUUGAGGCAGAAGCGUGAUUGGGUGGUAUCUGCGUACAAGCCCACGCUUCAGCCCGUAACUGGCGCGCCGCCAGAAGGUCCAGUCCAGCGCAGGCCUCCCCUCGCGGUGGUGUCGGUCAAGUUGAGGUCGGGUGAUUGCCUCGUGGAGCGUGCUCUCCCGACGAUCUUCGACUGGGUGGCUUGUCCAGGUAGUAUGACGGGAGGUCACGGCGUCGCGUGAUAAUGUCCCUACCGGAUCGACAUAACAUAUGUUUGC